AUGGCGGCUCCGCCGUUCCACCUGCCCCUCCUCCUCGCCUUUCUGCUCCUCUCCACCGCCGCCGCCGCCCACUCCCAGCAUCUCCACCUCCAGCACCACGGCCACGGUCACCACCACCACCACCACCGCUACCCGUCCACGAUGACUGCCACCGCCCGCCUCGACACCGCGCCGUCCAUGCACCAGAACCGCAUGGAGUCGGCGUCGGAGGAGACCCGCCAGUCGCUGCGCGUCCUCAACCCCUUCUUCACCUCCGUGGCCGCCCAGGCUCCCUCGGGCGAGGACGCCAUGGCGGCGAUGGGCGCGGCCGCGGCCGCGGACGCGGGGGACACCACGCGGCUCGACCUUCCCUCGCCUCCCCCUCCCCUCCUCGCCGCGGGGGAUCCGAUGCCGCCCUCCCUCGCGCCGCUGCAGCCGCAGGCUGAGGAGGCGGGGUCGUCCGAGUCGGAGCCCGCGGCUCCUCCACCCGUCGUCAACGAACCGUACCGCGACGCGGCGAGCACUCCUCCUCCUCCUCCCGUCGUCGACGAGCCGUACCGCGACGCGACGAGCCCUGCGCCUCCUCUCGUCGUCGACGAGGCGUACCGCGACACGGCGAGCCCUCCGCCUCCUCCUCCCGUCGUCUACGAGCCGUACCGGGACGCGGCGAUCCCUCCGCCUCCUCCUCCCGUCGUCUACGAGCCGUACCGGGACGCGGCGAUCCCUCCGCCUCCUCCUCCUCCCGUCGUCGACGAGCCGUACCGCGACGCGGCGAGCCCUCCGCCUCCCGUCCACGACGACGCUGCGCGGGUGGCGUCCUCGGGCACGGGCGACGACCUCGGCCUCCAGCAGAUAGCCAAGGUGCUCGCGUCGCUGGGGUACAACGAGAUGGCUUCGUCGGCCACGCUCCUCGCCGACACGGCGUCCGUCGCGGCAUGGCCCGGGGCGAUCACCGUCUUCGCGGCCCCCGACGUAUUCCUCCAGCACUCCUGCCCCGAGUGCUCGCGACGCCACCUACUCCUCGACCACAUGGCCCUGGGCUACUUCCCCUACGCCGAGCUCGCCGCCGCGCCCGCCAUGAAGCUCCCGUCGGCCUCCGUCGGCUUCUGCCUCGACGUCGCCGCCCAGCCACAGCGCGGGCCCUUCUCCGUCCACCACGCCAGCCUGUACGUCAACGGCGUCAUGGUCUCGGAACCUGAGCUCUACGACGACGGCCGCUACGUCGUGCACGGCCUCCACGGCUUCAUCCCGCCGCUCUCCCGCGCCUCCUGCGUCGAGGACGACGCGCAUGCGCAUCACCACCACCAGGUCCACCUCCACCACUACCGCCGCCACCACCACCUCAGCGCCAGAUCGGCAGCCACCUCCGCCGCGACCGCCGCCUCCGUCGUUCGCAUCAUGAUCCGCGAAGCCAUAUCCCGCCUGCGCGACAGCGGCUUCGGCUUCGUGGCGCUGGCCAUGCGCGUCAAGUUCGCCGAGCUGGAGAAGCUGUCCAACCUCACGGUGUUCGCGCUCGACGACCAGGUCAUCUUCACCGGUGGAGGCCACGGCUACGUCUCGGCGGUGCGCUUCCACAUCGUCCCCGGGCACCGCCUCACCCGCGCUGACCUCCUGCUCCUCCGCCCCGGCACCAUACUUCCCACCCUGGCCGGCGAGGACCAGAAGCUCGUCAUCACCCUCGGCUCCGGCUCCGCCACCGACGAGGUCCGGAUCAACUACAUACCCGUGAAGGAACCUGACGUGGUGAUCAACUCGCGCGUCGCCGUCCACGGCAUCUACCUUCCGUUCCCCCGUCUCCACCUCGCCAACCUCGCCGCCUCGGUGGCCGUCGCCUCCGACCUCCAGACGAACUACAGCUGCGGCGUCGGGGGACCCUUCGGCGACUGCGCCUCCACACCGAUGACCUCCGCGACGAUCCCAGCUGAUCAGGGCUACGGCGUAGGGCAGUGA